UGGUCCAUAGUUCAGGUGUGGCCACAAUGCGAGCUGAUAUUCCUGAUGUUCAUGUACUACUUCACUGAACAAGAAAAGUAAACACAACACUUGUUUUUGGGCCCAGUUUUCAUAAGCUAACCCCAAAGAAAUAAGCCUCUUUGUGUACACAAAAGGCCCAUUUCUCUCAAAUAUUGUUCAUAAAUCAAAAUUUGUGUAGGUGGGCACUUCUCCCUUGCUGAGACAACUAACUACAAUGAAACAGCACACUCUAAAGUGUGCAGUUUUUACUACAUUCAAGUGCCUUUAUGGGAAACAUUUAUUGGAUCCUAGUUGUGUGCCAAAUUAUGAAUGAAAACUAGUGUUACAACUUUAUAACAAGUCUUUGAGCAUUUACAGUAUUCAAUAUCCUUUAUAUCCAACAGGUCUAUACAGAAGUACCCGUGCGUGUGCGUGUGUGUGUCUCCCCCAACAGGUCUAUACAGAAGUACCCGUGUGUGUGCGUGUGUGUUUCUCCCCCCCCCCCCCAAUUCUCCCAUCACUACCAGGAUAACUUUGGCAUAAAAGGAGGAUAACUAUAUUUUACUAGUGAGGCAAAAUUCUGCACUAGUUGAAAUUUCUUCACUACUCAUGGUAUUUGUGAAAUAAAACUCUAGUAGUUAUCUGGCACUUCACUGGAAGGGCUACCCAUGUGUGGAUGUCAAUUACUGCACAGUUUUGCUUCACUAGUACUUGUAGCGUUCCUACCAGUAUGCCACAGGUGUCCUUGCUCAAAGAGCAUACUAGUAGAUGGGCCUUAAAGCUCCACUGUUAUGCCUGUAAACGUUCUAAAAUAGAUAUUGUAAUGAAAAAUACAUAUAACUUCAUUCACUUCAAUCUCAUCCGUGCGCAAAGUUGAGGAAGUCUCAUUCGACAGCCAAGUGUUAGCCAUAUUCACUGCAACGUCAUCAGCAGAUGUUACAGCUGGACAUUCGCCAUUGAAAACACGUAGUGGAAACUUGCUAUGGGACACGGAAGCUCUUUUCGAAGAGAACAUCUUACAAUCGUGUGAAAUGACCUGGGCAAUAUUACCCCAUCAUUUUGAGCCAUAUUUUAAUGAUAUGCAGAUCACUUCUAAAUAACAACAGACACCCCGGCAGUAUGAAGCGUACUCAGUAGGACCCAUGCCGGGCGGGCAGGAGAGCUCCUUUCUCCUCCCGCACUCUGCCAAACCACCUCUUACUCGGGGCCAGCGUAGAAGCCAUCACGGCGAGCAAUCAGUCACUGGCGGCGAGCCAUGGCGAGCGAGCUGAUGCGGAAUCCGUCACCGGGGAGCCGACGCGUGAAGUGGGGUGCCCAGACACCGGUGGCCAGGUUGGGGAGAGCCCGGCCAAAGCACCUCCCCGCCCGAUUCACCUCCACGUUGGGGCUAACGCCGGCACGACCUUGCGUUAUCCACAAGGCCAGCUCUGCCUAGUCGACAUCCAUCGAGGACGUCGACACAUUUAGCACCCCUGAAUUACGUAUGCGGAUCUUAUGUUACGUUAUGAGAGGUUUAUACUCCCCACCCCAUUGUUUUUUUUUUUUUUUUAGUAGCUGUAUACACAGCUACCUGUCAUUUGGAACCCACAAAGCUCUUGUCCUUUGCAACUGUGCAAUCCAUUUUUCAUUACAAACUGGGUCUUUUUUUUUUUUUUUUUAGAAGUAUGAAAAGUAAAUCCAUCCUCCCAAGUGUUCGAACAAUAUCCAGCUGUACAGAGCCAGCAUUUUGGUACCUUGCUACCUUCUAGCAAGUAAAACUAGCAUGAACAGACGAGCCAGCCUGAUUGCACUGUUGCUGUAACGUCACUUCCUGCUCUUUCUCAAAAACAAAUCCCUCGAGGGGAUUUUCAUGGCGGGAGUGUCAAAAAGCUAUAUACAUCAAAAUCAUGUUUUGUGGUGAAAAAACAGAUGGGUCCAUUUCCGGCUGCCUUUUUUUCAUUAAUAACAUCCUAAAAAUCAUGCAUUUCAUGACAUUUGACCUUUAAGCUAGGUAUCAAGCAUAGCUAUCAAAUUCUCAAAUGGCUUCAUAUUAAGACAUUUGUGGAAUUAUUCAUUGAACACUAGUUUUUCUUCCAUAAUUCAGCGCCCUAGUUUUUCAUUGUAAUUCAACGCAAUAUUAAGAUAUCGAGGAAAAAGGCUGUUCUAUUCACACUGCGGGAAUAAAUGAAAUUCUUAUCUAUGCAGGAUUUCAAAGCACUUCAUUGAAACAUAAGAUUUAAAUGGGUAGCUGUAUGAAAAUAUGUCCUUCUCGCCUUGCUUGUAACGUUUUGCACUUAGUAAAUGACCUUUGACUUUGUGGGAUAAUGUUUUGUAAUACCUCUUUGGGUUUAAGAUGAUGCCAUAACUCAUUGUUACAUUGAUAUCAACUUGAUAGUGUACUUAUGGAAUACAGUAUUUACUAAUGGAUACAAGCAUAUACUGCAGAAACACACUAACAUCACACAUUCUUCGUGAUUGUAGUACUUUUGCAGGGCAUAUUUGAAAAGCAAUCUGAGAUCGUAUGAAAUUAACAAUGCUAUAUGAAGCUUUGUUUUUAUAAGGUUUUAGGCAGAACAUUCUGCCCCAACCAGAAGUUCUGGAUGCAUGACGUCCCUUGAUUGUCCAAGUCAGAUAAGGACACGUUCCUAGCACUACACUAUCAUGCACACAACUUGUCGACCAGCCUUUAGCUGUGCUUUAUGGAUGGCCUUUUGCCAUAAUACCUUUUCUACCCUGAUUCCUUUUUUUCCGCCAACUAGCCUCUAACAGACUGGAGAAGAAAAGUAAAAGCUUGUGACACUGGACAUUUUAUAGUGGAAAAUCGUAAGGAGGUAAAGAAAUAGUUGCUGGAAGACCGGGCAGCCAAGGAAAUCAUCAUCAUAUCUUAAAUGGAUUAACCCUAUUGUCUUGCUGCCCCGAUACACUAUGAAGAGAAAUAACUCGUCAAAAUGUUUUGUCACAGAGCGAGAGUGGGGGUCUUCAAGCAAGGCUUCCUGCAUCGAACUCCUCCAAAAGUCGUAUGUCAGAUAUGCCGUUAAGAGGCUCUUCUCUGGCACCCUCCAACUACCCAGGCUGUCGUGCAGACCUUCCGUGCUGGAUAGACGUGAGGACUUGUUGUCUGAUUCCUCUUCCGGAUCUCCAGGGGCCCUUUGGACUCUGACCAGUUGCAUCUCCAAAGCCUUCUUUGAUGUGGAGAAUGGCUUGUCAGUGGGCCGCAGUCCCUUGGACGCUCAGGCCAGCCCGAGCUCCGGUGGUCUGGUCCUGCAGGCCAACUUUCCUCACAGCCAGCGGCGGGAGUCGUUCCUCUACCGCUCGGACUCGGACUUUGACCUCUCGCCCAAAGGUCCUUUGAAAAACGCCUCCACUGCGAGUGACCUACACACAGAAGACAUGAUUGUCACACCAUUUGCACAGGUCCUUGCCAGCCUGAGGACGGUCCGGAGUAACUUUGCCGUCAUAACUGGCCAGCAAGAUCGGCCAGCCAGCAAGACCCGAUCGUCUGGCAGCAACCCACCGUCCAUGUGCAAUACCAGUCUGGCAGAGGAGCCUCACCAGCAGCUGGCCAUUGAGACUCUGGACGAGCUGGACUGGUGUCUGGAGCAACUGGAGACCCUGAAAACCCGACACUCGGUCAGCGAGAUGGCCUCCAACAAGUUCAAGAGGAUGUUGAACCGAGAACUCACCCAGCUGUCCGAGACCAGCCGCUCAGGGAACCAAGUCUCGGAGUUCAUCUCAAGUACCUUCCUAGAGAAACAACAUGACAUGGACAUCAUGGCUCCCCCCACUAAGGAGGAGAAGAAAAAGCGACCUAUGUCCCAAAUCAGCGGAGUGAAGAAGCCUACACACAGCCCCAGCCUGGCACCGUCCACCAUCCCUCGCUUUGGGGUCAACACCACCCAGGAAAGUCAUCUAGCUAAGGAAUUGGAGGACAUUAAUAGAUGGGGAAUUGACGUCUUUAAAGUCGCUGAGCACUCUGGGAAUCGUCCACUCACAGUCACCAUGUACACUAUCUUCCAGGAGCGGGACCUGCUCAAGUCUUUCAAGAUUCCAGUUGACACUUUCAUUACCUUCAUGAUGACUUUGGAGGAUCACUACCAUGCAGACGUGGCGUAUCACAACAACAUCCACGCUGCCGACGUCGUCCAGUCUACUCACGUGCUGCUUUCGACACCUGCACUGGAGGCCGUGUUCACCGAUCUGGAAAUCCUCGCCGCUCUCUUUGCCAGUGCCAUCCAUGAUGUGGAUCACCCUGGUGUUUCUAAUCAGUUUCUCAUCAACACGAAUUCUGAGCUGGCGUUGAUGUACAAUGACUCAUCGGUGCUGGAGAAUCACCACCUGGCUGUCGGCUUUAAGCUUCUGCAAGAGGACAACUGUGACAUCUUUCAAAACCUCAGCAAGAAACAGAGGCACUCACUGCGCAAAUUAGUCAUUGACAUGGUGCUAGCCACUGAUAUGUCCAAGCAUAUGAACCUACUGGCAGACCUAAAAACCAUGGUGGAGACCAAGAAAGUCACCAGUUUAGGUGUUUUGCUUCUGGACAAUUACUCUGACCGCAUUCAGGUCCUUCAGAACAUGGUCCACUGUGCCGACCUGAGUAACCCCACCAAGCCACUUGAGUUGUACCGGCAGUGGACCGAUCGAAUCAUGGUGGAGUUCUUCACCCAAGGGGACAGGGAGCGGGACAAGGGCAUGGAGAUCAGCCCCAUGUGUGACAAACACAAUGCCUCCAUUGAGAAGAGCCAGGUGGGUUUCAUUGAUUACAUCGUCCAUCCUCUUUGGGAAACCUGGGCCGACCUCGUUCAUCCGGAUGCGCAGGAGAUCCUGGACACCUUGGAGGAUAACAGAGAGUGGUACCAGAGCAUGAUCCCCCGCAGUCCUUCACCAAAUCCCGAUGGCCCAGAAGGAGGGCGCGCCACUGGAGAAGCUUCGGGGUUUUGUGCAGGCACAGCAUCCGCUGACAAGUUCCAGUUUGAGCUGACCUUGGAGGAGGAAGAGGGAGAAUCUGAUGCGGACAGCCUGCCAGAUGAAGAGGAGGGCAGUCAAGGAACUGAAGCAUCUAGAACUGAUCCUGCCAAAGGAUUUGAUGCCAUAUCUGCUGACCUACUCCCUAAACCCAUUGUUGCUGAGGCAACAAGGACGUUUUCCGCUCACUCCGAUAAAGACAUGGCAGUAGAAAGAGCAACAGACACGGGAUCAGACAUCAGACUGGACACAUAGCAACCAUCCAGAGUUUCAGCUUCACCUUCAGCCUUUUUUUUUGUUUUUUGUUCUUCUUCUUCAUUUCAGUGCCUCAUCCGUCGUCACGCUGCCUCUCCUCGUCCGCACAAACUUCACCUUUAUUUCCGCAGGUAGGGUGACAGCACGCCUCUGGAUGAGGAGCACUUGGGUGCAGCUGUGAACCAGGUCUGCAGCUGAAGCAGGCACUUGCACUAAAGACAGACUGAGAGACUGAGUCCGUGAGAGGACAGGAAUUUGGGUUUCUGACUGUUUCUUUCUGUUCUGUCAGUCAGACACUGUGGCUAUUCUACAGAGACCAUGUGAAAAGAAACACUUGCCAGAUUAGGUUCCACCACUAAUGAAUUGUCUUCCUCGUUGUAGUUUUUAAGUAAACAUGGUGAGGAAGCGGUGAAUGGCGUGCAAAACCAACUUGAACUUGGCUGAGGAUACUUGAAGAGUUUUUGCCUCUCUUUCAAGGUUGAUUCUUAAAUUGUGACAAACGAUAGGGAAGUUUACCUAUAGCAAGACAUUUUGCCAAACUAGCAACUUAUUUCUUUUGCCUGCCUUUGAAGUCUUUGCUCUAUAAUGUUUUCUUUUAAUGAAAAUCACUGUCAAACCUGUGCCAGCAAAAUGCACAGUGUAGGAAAUCUGAUAUUUACAAGACAUUUUGAGUGACACCUGUCAUUUCUUGUGUGCAUACCUCGCCCUCACCAGCCAGUCAUUGUAAGAAGAUUCAAAUGAAAGAGUAAAAACAGUCAAAAAUUACCCAGUCUUUUGACAUUGUCCCUUGCCUCCGGCUCGUUACCGCCAUUUCUGUAUUUCUCAGCGGCAAACUGUGCAUGUGGUACCUGGGCCUUCAAUGACUUUUCCCACUUAAUCCACCACUAUAACGCCGCAAUUAUAGAAGCCAUCAAGGUGAUACAAAUAUGCAACGUAACAGCACACACCUGCGCCACAUACUGUACGUUAUUUGGAGCGGUUCGGAAUCAAUAUGAAAAAACUGACAAAAACUACAAUGUAAAUGGAGAGAUCCUGGUUAAAUGUGACUUUGUUGAGAUAGUUGAAGUUAGCUGUAGCACGUUUUGCUCUGACCAACCAUGUGGCCCUCGCAGGAUGAAUUUGAAAUCUGAAAAAAAAAAAGUACCUCACAAAGAUCAUUUAGGUUACGACAACCAGCACUACUUAUUCUGAAGGCGCUGGUCAGAUCUGGGAUAAACAUGGCAACCCAAAGAGGCUGAAAUCUGUUUGGAUGAGAAAAAAAAAAUCUAACAUGCAAUACAUGUACUGUAAGCAGUGCAGCCAGGAGAAACCCGCUCUUGCUAUCUUGAAACUACUGUAAGAAUGAACUUGUUUCAAUAGCUAAAGAGUAACAGCCGCAACAUUGUGCUCUGUGUGCAAGGUUUCCCCCUGCUGUUGAGAAGUAGUCCUUCAUCUCUGGUAGCAAAUUUGCAUGGCCUGCAUGGGAAAUUCAAAGUUGGCUCAACUGUCGAUUCUUCUGUCCAAAAAUAUCAGCAAAGUUUUUUCUUUGUUACUAUUUAAACUUGUUUGAUUUUUUUUUUUUUUUUUAUUUAAAGUCACUUGUUUGUGUGGUUGAUAUGUACACACCCAGAUUUAUCAGUUUGCCUUCAAGUUGAGCACUUUAGAUUUGUUGUUUUUUCGCGGUUAAUAGCCCUUGUUUUAAUUUAGAAGGGCUUCACUUCAAUCCACAAAGACAUGGAUGGAGGCUUUUGACUGAAAUGCUCCCUGCAUAAAAAGAACGCUACAUUCUAUUGGCCCACUGUCAUUAGUUUAAAGCAACGGUGCAUUUAUAAACUGAAAAAGUGUUUUCACAAUGAGCAGGAUGCCUCUUUGUAACUGUUUUUUAAAAAAGAAAAAAAAUGGAGGCUUUUCCCCUCUUGUUAAUCAAUAUUUUGCUCUUCAUCACAUAAGUCAAUGACAAAACAAGUGCCACGCCAACAUAACACGACCCAUACUGUAGUUUCCAUUUUGCCACAGGCGACUUUCCACCAGCGCCAAACGGAUAGAGUUGGUUGAUUGUAGCACCUCGUGUGCCAAUCGAACCCCAGCGUCUGUCCCAACUCGUAUUCAAACUGUAACUGAUAUUGUCUUAAAGCAAUGACGUGUUUUUUCUAUGUAAGAGCGAAUGACCGGAUGGAAUUUUUUUUUUUUUUGCUAAUAAAAGCCAAAGCACUUUGUAUAGUACAAUUGUGUUCCUCCACUAUGUGUAUAAUGUGACAGUUUUGUGGGCUGUAGAGUGGCAUUGACAGGCUGUGCCACGACAGCUGUUAAAGAUUGGACUUUGGGAUGGAAGUCUCAUAUUUUUUUCUGUAUUUGAUGCUCAAGUUUGACUACAAGAUACAAACAGCGUAAAGACCACUCUAGAGUUGUGUUUUAGCACAAAUCACUCCCAUUUUAAUGUGUCAAUUUGUCAUGUUUCUUUCAGUUUUUUUUCUUUUUUUCAUGCUGUAAUUUCACACCUGGGAUUUUCUUUCCUUUUUUUGGGGGGGGGGGGGUAGAUAUAUUCAGCGAGAUACUGGAGGAAACCGUGCAAUGCUUUUUGUCACCGUUCACAGCACAAGCAAAACAGGAUGCCUUGAAAACCGAAGGUCUAUCGAACAGCAUCUUAACCAGCACAACACACACAAGUGUGUGUUUUAUCUUGUACAAUUUCCUCACGUUGCUCCGUGUACAGUUUAUUUAUUAUUUCCACACUACCUAUGAGACAUAGGAAAAGUAGACUUUGUUGGCCUAAGGUUUAGAUCUCAUUUGUUGUAUGAUUUGUCAGAAGGACUUAAGGGGAACGGUUUCAAUGUUACUCUUCUUUUUCCCCUCCUCUAUACUGUUUGUGUCUGCAAAUAACGUAAAUAAGCAAAGUUACACAUUUCCACGUUUUGUCGGUAUGAAAAUAGUUGAGUGGCAGAUUUCCCUCAGGGUUUUCUGAAACAUUUUCUCCUCUUACUGUCUUCCUCUGUUGUCAUGAAGGCUCUUCCAGAAUCGUGUUCAUCCACAGUGAAGAUUGUGGUAUGAUAUUGUCAUCUAUGGUUCAGGAAUGAUUACCACAGCUUUGACAAUCUCUCUUUCAUUUAACUGCGGGUGUUUGUGCCCUCCUUCCAACUACAACUGUAUGCCUUGCCAAUAAAAAGAAAAAAAAUUCA